UGUGUAUAUAACAUUCCUCUUACUGCCACUUUAGAAAGAAAUUAAUAUUUUGACAUGAGUGAAUGUUGGAGAGAGGGCGAGAGAGAGUAAUUAAGACCUCAACUAAUAAAAUGCUAAAAGGUCGAUUGAAAAAAAAGUCGUUUUCAGAGCACAGGGGAAUGCCGGCGCCAUCGAUGACUCUACCUGAUAUUGCUCCUCAACUUCAAGAUGCUCAACUCCUCAAGAAAGCUCUUUCAGGAUGGAGGACAGACAAGAAGGCACUGAUAAAGAUAUUAGGACACAAAAAUGCAACCCAAAGGAGGAAAACUAGAGAUGCUUAUCACCAGCUUUGUAAUGAAUCCCUCCUUGACCGUCUUCAUUCUGAACUCUCUGGACAUUUUGGAAAAGCUAUGAUUUUGUGGACAUUUGAUCCUCCUGAAAGGGAUGCAAAUCUUGCACGAAGUGCCUUGAGAAAAAGUAAGAAAGAUGCUAAGCAGCUCAAAAGCAUUGUUGAGAUCGCAUGUGCAUCAUCUCCUAACCAUUUGGUGGCAGUCAGACAAGUUUACUCUUCUAUGUUUGAAUGUUCCUUGGAAGAGGAUAUUGCAUCAAAUGUUUCACUUCCGCUCAGAAAGCUACUAGUGGGACUAGUGACCUCUUAUAGGAACGACAAAGGGGUGGUCGAUUCGGUUGUGGCCAAUUCAGAAGCAUCUACACUACAUGAAGCCAUCAAAGCAAAACAACUAGAUGAUGACCACGUCGUAUGGAUUCUCAGCACUAGGAACUUCUACCAACUAAGAGAAACUUUUAAAUAUUACAAGAAAACCUAUGGAAAUUCAAUUGACCAGGACAUUAAGAGUUGUGGGAAUGGCAAUUUGGAAUCUCUCUUGAAAGCGGUUGUUUGUUGUAUAGAAUCACCUGAGAAACAUUUCGCAGAGGUUAUUUGGGACUCUGUUUUUGGUCUUGGAACGGAUAAGAAUUCUUUAACAAGGGUCAUUGUGAGGCGAGCAGAAAUUGACCUUAUAAAAAUAAGAGAGGAGUAUAAAAAGCUCUAUGAAAAAAAUAUUGAUUUUGCAGUGAUUGAUGAUACAUCAGGAGGCUAUCAAGAGUUGUUAAUGACAUUGUUGGGAGCAAGAAUCUGAUCCAUCUAAAAACAUAUAUUGUAAAAAAAUAUUGCAUAAACCCUAAUUUUCCAAUGUUUAGUUAUUUGUAAAGACCAAACAUAGGCUUGUUAUAUCAUAAUAUUCCUAGGAUACGUAUACACUAAAUUGCCAUUAGACUUAUUUUGGAACUAGGUGACUAUAUGAAUUAAUACUUUUACAACAUAUUAGCUUGAUUUUGCUAACCUCGUGCAUGUUUCUCAGGUGUGGAAAAUCAUUAAAUGAA